GAUGGAUUUGGGCGCCAGUUCGUUUCCUGGAGUGUUCGGGUGUGCAUCGUGCGUCUGAUUCUCAACGACCUGAUCGAGACACGACUCUCGCCACCCACCGCCCAUCCAUCCAUCCAUCCAUCCACCCACCCACCGUCCACGCCCAUCCCUUCCUGGUCUCUCUCUAGCUCUUUCUUCCCUCGAUCUGGUUGUUGUUCUCACCUGGUGGCCCGCCAAGAAGCAUGGCUCAAAACGAAUCCACCACUGACCGCCUCAAGGCCUUCAAAAACAAGGGCAAGGACAACGAGGAACUUCGUCGCCGUCGCAAUGAAGUUAGCGUGGAAUUACGCAAGGCCAAAAAGGAUGAUAUGCUUAGCAAGCGACGCAAUGUCGACUUGACCGAUGAGCCUUUGAGUCCGCUGCAAGAAAGCAAUGGGCAGUCGGAAUUCCAUUCCCUGGACGAAAUCCGCGAGGGGCUCUUGGGACCUGACUUGACGGCCAACUUCCAGGCGACACAAGCCGCUCGUAAGAUGUUGUCGCGCGAGCGGAAUCCCCCCCUCGAUGCGCUCAUCGAGGCCAAUUUGGUGCCACGUUUGGUCGAGUUUCUGACCAUGGAGGCGGCUCCCAAAUUGCAAUUCGAAGCCGCUUGGGCUUUAACCAAUGUCGCGUCCGGCACACCUCAACAAACCAUGGUCGUUGUGGAAGCUGGGGCCGUGCCGCAUUUUGUGGCGCUGUUGCGGUCACCCGAUCGGAAUGUGUGUGAACAAGCCGUGUGGGCGUUGGGCAAUAUUGCGGGUGACGGCGCCCAAUUGCGUGACUUUGUCGUCAACAACGGGAUUGUCAAACCUCUGAUCGCUUUGGUCGACUUGUCGUCGCCCGUAACGUUCCUCCGCAAUCUGACCUGGACCAUUUCCAAUCUGUGUCGGAACAAAAAUCCACCCCCCUCCAAUGAGGUGGUAGUUCAAUGCUUACCCGCUUUGAAAGCCUUGAUGACCUCUCCGGAUGUCGAAAUUCAAGCCGAUACUUGUUGGGCCCUUUCUUACUUAACGGACGGUUCUGAUGAACGCAUUCAAACUGUGGUCGAAUCGGGUGUGGUGCAUGGCUUGGUUCACCUGCUCCAAGUGGGUGUGGUACAAGUCAUGACCCCAGCUUUGCGAACCAUCGGUAAUAUUGUCACCGGAAGCGACACGCAAACCGACGCCGUGUUGCAAGCCAAUUGUCUGCCUGUCCUGUCGUUGAUCCUUCAACAUCAGAAGAUGGGAUUGGUCAAGGAGGCGGCUUGGACCAUCUCGAACAUCACGGCAGGCAACAACAAUCAGAUUCAGAUGGUCCUAGACGGAAAUAUCAUCGAGCCUCUCAUUGGCGUCCUCGAAAGAGGCGAUUUCAAGGCGCAGAAGGAAGCAGCUUGGGCCGUCACCAAUUUGACGUCUGGUGGGACCAACGAGCAAAUCGUCCGUUUGUGCCAAUUUGGGGUCCUUCGCCCAUUUUGUAAUCUUCUCACUGCCAAGGACGACAAGACGGUGUCCGUGGUUCUCGAUGGUAUUCACAACAUGCUAGCGGCCGGAGGAAAAAUGGGCGAACUCGAACAACUCACAAUGCUGAUCGAAGAGUGCGAGGGCUUGGACAAGAUUGAAGAUCUUCAGCAGCAUGAAAAUGAAGUUGUCUAUCAAAAGGCAUUGACCAUUAUCGAAGAGUUCUUCCCGGAAGAGGGUGAUGGUGAAGGCGAUGUUCCGACAAGUACGACCAAUGGCUUCGAGUUCAACACUAAUGGCCAAGCCGCCACAACCGACAGCAAGCCAUUUAAUUUUUAAAGUGAUAUUUGCCUUUCAUCCCGUCUGCCAACUUGAAUUUUCUUUCUGUCACAAGAGAAGUGAGUGAUCGGUCUCUGAUGAAUUAUCUCCAGGAAUGCUGCGACAACUUGACUCGGGGUUUCAAAUACCGCCAUCCGUAUCCUGGUUAGAAUUAUUAUUCCUUGUAGACAUGUUUCGCUUAUGUAGACUCCCAUUAAACAGUUUUUUAUUGGGA